AUGGAUCAAGAAAAUGUCAAUGGUUCAAUUCAUCCAUAUAGAAAUAUAUGGAUUGAUAUUUAUAAACAUCCAGAAAUUGUCACAUAUUUUAAUCAAAAUACUGAAAACUCUUCAAUUCAAUUAAUUAAAACUAUUCAACUAAGUAUCAAUGGAAAUUCUUCAGAUGAAAAAAAUCAAUUAUUUAUUGAUAAAUUUAAAUCAAUUUUUUCUACGAUUUAUUUUACUCGUUUAAAUAUUAAUUGUAAGAAUAUUUCUAUUGAACAAUUUGUUGAAAUCAUACAUUUAUUACCAAAUCUUGAUUCAUUAAAAGUAUCAUAUUUACCAACUAUUCAAUUGGAUUGGUUAUUCGAUAAUGAUGGAGAAACUUGUUUUACAACUUCAAUCAAAAAUAAAAUUACAAAAGUCAAUCUUGUAAAAAUGAUUGAUAUUGAACAAAUACAUUUACUUCUCUACCUCUAUCGUCGUAUACAAUAUUUUCAAAUAGAUCUUCCAGUGGAUAUGGAUCCUCAAAUGAUCGUACGAUUUAUUAUAAUAAAAUCCAGUAUAUAUACACCUUAUUUCAAUUGUUUAUGUCUAUCUAUUCCGAAUUUCAAUGAAGACACGAUUGAACAAUUAGAAAAAUUGAUCGAAUCGGAAAAAUUACUAUUUAACUAUCGUAUCAAAUGUAUAUGUGAUAAUGUUCUUUUGAAAUGGAAUCGAUUUUGAUUUAUCUAUUGUGAAUUAUUUUCUUUAUAUAAAUAUUAAAUAUUUGUUUGUUUAAAACAAAAAAAUAUCUUUGGUAAUGAAAAUUAUUUAAAGUUUAUUUGAAUGAAUCAAUUUUUGUUGCCUUAAGAAUGAAAGCAAAAAAAAUGUCACAUUACAAAUAAAUCAAUAUCUGAACCAUAUUUAUUUUUUUUUAAAUUUUAAUAUUUAGUGAUUGAACUAUGUCACAGGCAUUUAUCGGCUCAAGUUUGUUACAAUUGCUGCUAUCGGAUGUUUUGAAUUAAGAUUGUUGUAUUAACAAUAAUUAGUAAUAAUACUAUACGAAGAACCCUAUUUAAGUGAUUUUUUUAAAAAUAAAGCAUUGAUAAAAAUCUAUUGUUUAAUCUUCGACUACGUAUAUGAAAUUGAAAUUUGCAAGUGAAUAUGUUUAACGAAAUAUUAGUCUUAGAGAAGAAAUAGAUAGAUACAUGGAUAUAAUUAGUGAUUUUGCUUUUUAUUGAAUAAAUUUUGAGGAAUUUAGUAUUAAACUCGGAAGAUAAGGGUCAAUUGAGUUUAAACUGGUCACCUAUAAGCUAUUGGCGGAUAGUUUUCGAAGUUCAUCGAGAUCUCUAUCAGCAUCUCGCGUACUUCUCGAGCAAAUAUUUGCCGAUUUGCUUUCAGUUAACCAUAGUUGCCAUCGUGUACCCACUGGAAUGGCACCGAAACC